AAAUGAAAAUGACAAGGUCGAUGCGCCAAAUUCAAAGACUCUUGACAACAAAACUGAUGGUGAAGUAAAAACCCCCCCGAUGAAAAACCUCAUAUUUCGCACAUCACUGACAAUGACAUUGGGUUUCCUUGAAACACUUCUCGACAAAAAGACAAAAUCACGCAUUUCUGAGACGUUCGUCAAUAUCUCUGCAAAGUUUGUCGACGAGCAGAUGCUAUGCGGGGAGUCAUUGGGUGUCCUUGAUCACUGCUGCCGAUUGUUCGAGAUUGUCGGUUUACCUCCUCCAACUGCCGAGGUCGAGCUGGACGAGUACUUGUAUAAGGCCUUUUUCCGGGGUGUCAUUAUCAUUCUUCGGGACUUUAAGUCCAACCUUCCUCGGAAUGACAGAUCCAACAACUAUACGCAAAUCGUACACGACAACCUCGGUCUGCUAGACGCCGUAUGGCUUUUCAUACAUACUGCCGAUUUUUACCUUUUGGAAACCUUUUGGGAUGUGGCCAUGAUGCUUGUUGAAGUAUGUGAGGCGGAUGCAGAGGGUCUGGUUGUGGCCUUGUGGUGCCAAGCUCUGGAAGUGGAGGUGGACAAGGCGGAAGAUGAAGAUAGGAACGGUGAUAUGAAAUGGAGGGAAUUGUCUAGGAAGCGCAAACAGAGGUUCAUCAGUAAUGGGAACCGCUUAUUUGACGCUCGUGAUACACGUAUUGGGCACGAAGAUUUGCCUAGGGCGACGAUGAGUGACCUUAACGAAGCAUGGAAGUAUGGGAAGGAAUUACUCUGUCCUCGAAUGCCGUAGCGCAUAAAGAUGGGAGGACCAAGUAGUGUGACAUGUGAUACGUGCUGUUGUAGUUU